CCAAACCCAAGAUGGCGUCCCGCGAUGAAGCAGGAAAUAUAUUUCGCUUUCAGUAAUAUUCACGAGUGGACAGGUUUGCCUGGAAGUUGUAUGUUUGAAGAAGGCUGAAACGGAUUUAUUAACCACUAAAGACAAAGCAGGUACUCUAAAUGGCUACGAGGAAGUCUGGGUCAGAUCUCCACAACAAUGGACCAGUCAGCUACCUUGAUGAUGUUCCUUUCAAACUCAAUGAGAAGUUCCGUUGCCCAGCAAAAGUGGGUCUGCCCAUUGGCUUCUGUCUGCCCGAUUGUAAUGCUUUGCUAUCCGAGACGCAGUAUGACUUCAGUCUAGAGAAGCGGAGUGUGCGCUGGGGGGAUGACCUGGCCAAGGCACGAGCUGCUGAGACUCGGGAAGCUGAAUCCCAGCAGGCGGAAUCAGAAAAAGACACACAGGCUGCCUUACAGGACAGUGAUGCUGGAUUGGCAGGUGGAAAGAAAGCCCGUCCCGCUGAGGAGCAGGACCUCCUCCCACCGGCACUGAACCCGGUCCUGGCAGGUCUACGGCACAAUGCUAUCCUGACACCACUCCCGGCCCCGAGCUUCGGUCCAGCACGUCCAGCAGCCAGCAACCCUGCACCUCAGAGCCUCAAUCUUGCAGACUUCGAACGGGAGGAGGAUCCCUUCGACAAGCUGGAGCUGAAAACCCUGGAUGACAAAGAGGAGCUCCGGAGCAUCCUCCAGAGCCAGCCGCAGGCUUCAGUGUCCGUCUCGACUCCUGAAAGCACUGGUGGGGAAGACGGUACUGUACCACCUCAGCAGGCCAAAGUGGGUAUCUUUCAUAAACCCAACGGCCUGGUGGGACUCCUGGACUUGGAGCAGGCAGGUGUUGGUGGUGUGGCAACCUCUAGGGGACAGAUUGAUGCCGAACGCCCCUGUAACAUUCGCUCACUGACUUUCCCCAAGCUGUCGGACCCAGGAGAUUCCCCCUCAGACCCUCCCUUCGCUAUAUAUCCAGCAGCCCCACAGCGAAGCUUACCCAAUGGUACGCCACUGUCCCUGAUUAGAUCCACACCACAGACUAGUUCUACACUACCUGGAGAGUUACCAGGCCAUGCACCAAAUGGCACACCAAAGCAGUUGAACCCUGUCCCUGCAGCUGGUCCUCCAUCAUACUCGGCACCUGUGGAUGGAGCUCUGCUCAGUCUCUCUCCCAGCGAGCGUCAGUGUGUGGAGACUGUCGUAGGCAUGGGCUACUCUUACGAAGGUGUCCUCAAAGCCAUGCAGAGACAAGGGCAGAACGUCGAACAGGUGCUGGAGUAUCUUUUUGUCCACAGUCGACUGUGUGAACGAGGCUUUGAUGCCACAGCAGUGGAAGAGUGUUUGGAAAUGUACCAGUGCUCCGAGGAAAAGGCUUUGCAGUUUCUGCAGUUGAUGUCUCGGUUUGGUGAGAUGGGCUUUGAGAGAGAUACCAUUAAAGAGGUCCUUUUAGUGCACAAUAAUGACCAGGACAAAGCUCUGGAGGACUUAAUGGCUCGUGCGGCUGCAAGCUGAACCAGAGUGGUGUCUCCUCCUUGAUCUGCCCCUCCUUUACUCCUCAACACUGCGUCCACUGAGCGAGAGAGAGGGAGGGGGGGAGCAAGUGAGAGAGUAAGAGCAGCAGAGGUAGGGGUGUCGAGAGGGUGCCUGAGACUGGACAAGUGAACACGGAUCCCUUAAAAAAUAAAACACACACACAAAAAAACCCCAUGCCCUUCAAGGCAGGGUUUGAUCGGCCCAUUCAUCCGACCUCAGCUAUGACCUUGUUCAGUGAUCUUUGUGUGAUUGUGGGCGAGAGGACACUGAACCGUCCUCCUUUCUCCAUUGCCAUAGAAACAAGCGGACGAGGGGUGGUGUCUGAGACACGGGCCUGAGAGGAGCGCAAUGCGAGCGCGAUUCCACAGGAAACGGACUCACCGCUACAGCGCUGCUACGUCUUUCAUAAGUGAUGAGAACUUAAUACUCAUUCAUACACAUGCCAUGUUUGAACAGAGACCUUGAAGUGCCCUUUCUGUUCUUGCUACCGCCUGGCUUUUUUUUUUGUUGUUGUUUCUUUUUCCACCUGUCUCUGCUGUAUAUCAUUUUAAACAUGUGUUCAUCUGUUGAGCUGUUUUUAACAAACAAAAACGGCUGUUUUUUUUGUUGGAGAUCUGGUUUAUUUGCCCUCUGCUAUAGGAACUGCAUUAACGCAACUAAUGACCACAGUGCAUUGAGAGGAAAACUGCAGCCGAACAGCUUUUACACUGGAACGGAAAGAGAAACUGGUGUGUUAAUGGAAAUGCAAUAUGUGUGUCUCAAUGCUUCUUCAUACAAAUGACAUGCAAUGGCUGAAAAGGCACAAAGAAACAGAUAUUAAUAUAAAUGUAUUUAAAUUUGUUCAAGAUACACUGACACCGUCAAUCUGUAAUAAAGACUUGGGAAUUCUUUACCAGUA